AUGGAGAAAGAAGACAAGGACGGCCACUCUGCAUUACACAGCGCUGUAAGGAAUGGUCACCUUGAUGUCACCAAAUAUCUGAUCAGUAAAGGAGCUAUGGUGAAUAAGGGAAAUAAUGAAGCUGAGGUGAAUGGGGGAAACAACGAUGGAAGGACUGCAUUACGCAGUGCUGCUUUCAAUGGACAUCUUGAUGUCAUCAAAUUUCUCAUCAGUCAAGGAGCUGAUGUAAAUAAGGGAAGUAAUAAUGGUUGGACUGUAUUACACAGUGCUGCUUUCAAUGGUCAUCUUGAUGUCACUGAAUACCUGAUCAGCCAAGGAGCUGAGGUGACUAUGGGAAGUAAUGAGGGUUGGACUGCAUUGAACAUUGCUGCUUUCAAUGGUCAUCUUGAUGUCACUGAAUACCUGAUCAGCCAAGGAGCUGAGCUCGAACAUAAUGAUUUAACGGAUAUCCAUCUUGCUAUCCUUCACGGUCACACCUCUACUAUUGAGAAGUUAGUUUCUGAGGGAGCUGAUCUUAAUAUCCAGUCACCUGACGGACAGCAGUGUCUCCAUACAGCCAUUAAACUCUGCUACAACAGCGAGAAAAUUGUGCAAGAAACGGACACACUGAGAAAGAUCUCUGAUGAGUAUUACAAGGGCGAACUUUCUCCUGAGAAGGCAUUGGUGUUUUAUCUCCUAGAGAAUGGAGCAAAGUUAGAUGUGAGGGACACGACAGGCAACCUAGCAAUCCAAUAUGCCAAGGACGAAGUGGUCAAACAGAUGAUUUUGUCGAGGUGA